AUGCGGAAAUAUGGUGGUGCUUAUGUUAAACCAGAUGGAAAACUCCGUGAUGGUAGCAAAAUCAGUGAUGACGGUUCCGGCGGAAGCUCUGGUUCGUCAGAAACGUCAGGUUCGUCAGGCAGUUCUAGUGGUAAGAGUAACAGCUCAGUCCAAGCAGCCAAGAUCAUUCCAUGGAUUGUUCUUGGAGUUUUUGUUAUUGCUGUUAUUGUCAUUGCUAUUUUCCUCUUCAGAAAAGCCAAAUGCGUUGUUGUCGCCAGCCAUGUCGAAGAAAGAAGAGAAACAAGAAUGGUUUUAGUUUAA